UGGCAAGGGCCAGCCCCGGCCGUUCUCGCGUCUCACCCGGCCCGCUUUGGGCCGCUCCGGCCGGUGCUUUGCCCCGGCGCCGCAGUGCGCUCGGCCAACCGCCUCUAGGAGCGCCCAGCCGAACGCCCCGGGAGCCGGCGGGCGGCGGCCCUCGCCGGGGACCCUCCAGCGGGCCCAGGGGGACAAAGUGGCUCUAAAUGCAGCACAGGCACAUUGAAGCAAGUUAAAGGAUUUAAUAUGAAGCACAGAAGCAGAUAGUGCCAAAUAGCAAGCUGUAGUUGGUACACAUUUCUGGAAAAGCAGUGUCCGUGUUGUUAUGUACACCUCCAAAAAAGUUCAGAUCUGUAGGGGAAUUGUUGUAUAAAGUAAACUGAACUACAGGGUAGCAGUAUCUUAAUAGCUAUUCUAGAUGUGUAUUUACUCUAUUAAAAAUGAGUAAAAGAACAAGCAGUGACACACCACUAGGAAGAGUGAGUGGGGCAGCAUUUCCUUCUCCCACUGCUGCUGAGAUGGCGGAGAUUAGUCGAAUUCAGUAUGAAAUGGAAUACACCGAAGGUAUUAGUCAGCAGAUGAGGGUCCCGGAGAAAUUAAAGGUAGCACCACCAAAUGCUGACCUGGAACAAGGAUUCCAAGAAGGAGUUCCAAACGCUAGUGUCAUUAUGCAGGUUCCAGAGAGGAUUGUUGUAGCAGGAAAUAAUGAAGACAUUCCAUUUUCAAGACCAGCAGAUCUUGACCUUAUUCAGUCAACUCCCUUUAAACCUCUGGCACUAAAAACACCACCUCGUGUACUUACAUUAAGUGAAAGACCACUAGAUUUUCUGGAUUUAGAAAGACCUCCUCCAACCCCUCAAAAUGAAGAAAUCCGUGCAGUUGGCAGGCUAAAAAGAGAGCGCUCUAUGAGUGAAAAUGCUGUUCGCCAAAACGGACAGCUGGUCAGAGCUGACUCCAUGUGGUACAGAGCAGAUUCUGCCCCAAGAAAUAAAAUUUCAAGGUUCCAGGCACCGAUUUCUGCACCGGAGUACACUGUGACACCAUCGCCACAACAGGUUCGGGUCUGUCCUCCCCAAAUGUUACCUGAAGAUGGAGCUAAUCUUUCCUCUGCUCGAGGCAUUUUGUCGCUUAUCCAGUCUUCCACCCGUAGGGCUUACCAGCAGAUCUUGGAUGUGCUGGAUGAAAAUCGCAGUGUGAGAAGACAAAAUGAAAUACGUUGUGAAAGACCUGUGUUGCGUGGUGGGUCUGCUGCCGCCACUUCUAAUCCUCAUCAUGACAACGUCAGGCAUGGCAUGUCACAUAUAGAUACAACAAUUGAAGGAACUUCAGACGACAUGACUGCUGUAGAUGCAGCUUCGUUAAGACGGCAGAUAAUCAAACUAAAUAGACGUCUACAACUUCUAGAAGAGGAGAACAAAGAGCGUGCUAAAAGAGAAAUGGUCAUGUAUUCAAUUACUGUAGCGUUCUGGCUGCUUAAUAGCUGGCUCUGGUUUCGCCGCUAGAGAAUUGAAGUGCAAGGUAUAUUUUCUCCAGUCACUGGCCAUGAAGCCAUCGAUGGUGAGAUUACUGAAAUCAGUAGGAGCGAGGCAAGACUCACUGAAGAACCAGUGCAGAUUGAAGGAUUCUGGAUGAAUGUCACUGAAAUGAAAGAAACGAUGUAAGAUUUUCAGGAAUAUCACUUACCAUGAAAAGAAUGCAUCAUCGUGCCCAGAAAACGGCAAGUAUACUAAAACAGCAAGUCCUUUGGAAUACCGUGCCCAGAAGCUGUAGCUAAGAUCUGGGUUUCUGAUCAUAUAUCCAUGUACUCUGACAGCUACAAAACUUUUAUUGAGUAUCUGUCCCAUUCCUCAACCAGCAUCUCUAUAGUACCUACUCUUGGGUUGAACCAUAUGAAAUUUUCUAUGUCAGAAAUGGUCGAAUAUUCUUAAUCUCACAUGAUUCAACCUAAUUAGACAGGCGGUCCUCUACUUGCUAAAGACAGGUAAAUUAAGGAGCCCACCCCCCCUUGCGGAGCUCAAUUACAGAGCUCAAUUCUUAGUACAAAAUUGCAGUGUUGCAUCUGCUCUUAAACUGGCUGUACUUUUACUGACAAAAGGCAUGUUAAAAAAUGUCUGAUUAAAGGGAUUUGUACCCAUUAUAACAAGGUAUGGAAAAUGAGAGACUUCUAGCCCAAACGCCAUCUGCCCUAAGAUGAUUUUCCCCCCAGUUUUUCUACAGAGUAAGGCUAAGUAUUCUUAGAGAGUUUGCAUUUCUGGAUACCAACAACUGACAUUUAUCCUGGGAAGACAACAGUAUUUUCAGCACAUGGAAUGGGAGUAUGCUUUUUGCAGUUUGCUGCAAGCAUGGGAUCCGUCUUGUAACUUUUUCUGUUACUAUGUCUCCCCAGUUACAGUGGCUCUUAUCUCCAGAGCUUAGCCUGGUGACUGGUGAGUUAUUCUCUCCUAAGGGCCAAAUGUGUAGAGCAUCUGCGCUUGAAAGGUCUUAUUUUAAACUAUAGAUCUACUAGGAAAGGGAUUUUUUUUUUUUAAUUUUGAGUCACAACAACUGCAGUAUGCAAAUUUUGAGAGAUUAUUUUUCUUAAGGUAGCAAGAGAAAAGGAGGGGGGAUUUUUUUUUUUUUCAUGUAAUUACAAAAGCGAAUUCUGGUUCUUUUCCAAACUGAGCAACAUACAGAUAACCAAGAGUCAGAUUGUUCUUUUCUUCCAGUUUUACAGAUUGUGCCUAGAUUCAGGCACAGAACCAUGUGACAAGUCUGAAAUGAGCCACUUACAAGUAACUCCUCAAUAUUAUCACUAUAUGAGUUAACCUUGAUCCAUUCCCAUGCCUACAGUAUAUUUGCAGUACUUCUGCAUGAAUCCAUCGACUGCUUUUGUUUCUCUUAGAGCUUAUAAGUAAGGCUCUAGAUUUUAUGUAUUGCAUUUUUAUUCCAUUUUUUAAAUUAUAAAGGUAACACAUGAUUAGGACUGAGAACCUGAGUUAGUUCAGAAGUGUAGAAACUCAGUGCUCCCUUCACUUCCCCAGGGCAUCCCCUGUGGCCAUUCUUCAAGGAUAAAAGUUAAGUUUCUGGUGUAUAUUUCUAGAAAUUCUUUAUACACAGACACACAUGCAGCCACGAGAUAAGCCAUCUGAGUCAAGUACUCCUUUUGGACAAGAUUCCUGCCGUUCCCGCCACCCCCCAAAACCAUUCUGAGUGUUUCCUCCAUUUCUGUGAGAUUGUACCAAGUGGGAUUAAGGUGCUAAAUCCCUAAGAACCUGUGUUCCACUCAUUCCAUCAUAGCACAACAUGGCACUGUGUCAGCACCACACUAUUCUCAUGGAACUAGCUGCAGCAUGUAAGACAAUCCGUGAAAAUCAGGAUACUCACCUCAAGUUAUUGAAUGAAAAUUCACAACUGGAAGUGCUGUUCUCUUGAGAGUUACAAAUGAGAGGACCUUCCAAGAGAGCCUGGAUAGAUACCAACAUGCAAUACACAGCACCAAUGACCGUGAUUACAUUCAGAAGUGAUGACAGAAGCAUCUGGAAAAUAAAGGAGGAGCAUUGGCGCAUGUUAUUACGUGUUCUGGUCUGUUUCAAGACUCAGCCGCAGGUGCAGGCUUCUGAUCAACUGCUGCUGGUCUCCAGGCCCCCUGUGGUCUUAGGUCUUAGGAUCUCCAUUUGAUUAGGUCUGAAUUAUCCAAGAACGAGGACAGCAAAGUCUCUGCCAUUUGAUUAGACUUACUAAAAGAUUGUUGGGGGGGGCGCCUGGGUGGCUCAGUCGUUAAGCAUCUGCCU